AUUUAUCACUUUGCUUUAGAAUAUGUGAUCAAAGAAAGUUGCUAGGCUAUCAUAAAACAUAUGAAAAGAUAUUUUUAACUGUCUAUAUAAUUAGGAAUUUAGGGAUAAAAAGGGUAUUGUUGAGAUUUUUAUUCAAUUCUGUUAUAUCUUUUAAUUGUUGUAGACUGAUAUUGUUUCAGGAUUGCAUAGGCUAAGAAAAUAAUUGGCUAAUAUUAAUCAGUCUUAAUUAAAAGACAGAUUAUGAAUUAUAUAUAAGUAUUAAGUUGAAUAGUUUAUAAUACAUUUCACAAUUUACUCAUUUAUAGCAACAGGUUUUAAAUCAUCUACUGUGGUUGUAUUUUCAUGUUAAGUUAUACAUUUGAGAUUGAUAGUUACAUAGAUGAAAUGUGAAAAUGUGAUUGAAGGAAAGAACAAAGUACAGUCAAUCGAAUUCCUUAGGGUUACAACUAUUAUCAUAAAUUAAGUUAUUGUAAGUAUCUGUGUAAAUUAUGUGAAUACAUGUAUAUUUUUGCUAUUAAUGCAUAUAUGUAUAGAUGUAUGUUUAGAAUCCGAAAAAAUGUUAGUACAUCUAAAGGGCUUGAACGCUUCUAGAAGGCUGGUGAUAGACUGACACAGUUCUUAUUCCACUGAUUUAGUUGAAGCAUAAUGUUUUAUCCCAAUUAUCUACAGCAACAAUUUUUUUAAGGUAUUGGCAAUUAUAUGAUAGUUUAGUAAAGAGAAAGGGACGAAGGGUAAUAAAAACCAAUAAAACCUGUAAAUCAUAUAUGUAGAUGUAAAAUAGGUAAGACAUGUCAAAAUAUCAUUACUUAUUAUAAACAAUUUAUGAUAACAGUUCUUUAUCAUAAUGCAACUUGGUAUUUUAAUUGUUAAGUGUUAAAAUUAUCGGUUAAUAAUGCAAUCUACAUUGCAGAUAAUUUCUAAACGUUUGUAGAGAUUAUCAAUUGUUUAUCGCAUAUAAACAGUUGUGCUCGAUGUUAUUAAACGAAUAAAGAGAAAAAUUAUUUUUAUAAAGUGCUUUCUCUCUUUCUUCUUUCUAGUCUUGAGCCAACAUUGAAGAAUAACUAAAGCAUCAGUCCAUGCAAUUGUGAUUCCUGUCUAUAAAUAAAAGAAGCAUAAGACAGAAUUUAAUAAAAUUUAUUGUGAUUUAAAUCUCUCAGCUGCAAGGGAACUUUAAAUUUAAAAUCUACGAAUUUCGAAUCUAUAAUCCGAUAUUUGAAAUUUAAAAUUUUUUUGAAAUUGACUGAAUCUUGAUUCUCACGUUUGAAUUUGAAAUUCGAAUUUUUUCGAAUCCUACUGCCUCGCAACAUUUUACUUUCAAAUGUUGAGGUUGUUUAUUUGUUAAUUUCCUAGAAAAAAUCGUCAAUAUUAUUGCGUCGUAACGUCUCGUGUAUACGUAUUUCGAAAAUAAUCACAACCCCUUUCAAGGGACGAAACCCUUUCGUAACCGAAAUGAUAUUUUGUUGGCUUCUUGACGAAUAUAAAAGAUCUCUCUGUAGCCAGAGUAACGUUAGUACAGCGUUGCUUCUUGAACAUUUUUCAUCCUCGUCGAGCAUAGUACCUAGAAAUAAAUAUUUACCAUGACAUCAAACUUUGUCUGCCUGCUUGUUCUCAUCUCAAGCUUAAACUUUGCGACAAGGAUCUCCUCGAGGACGGUCGAAUCAGGGGAUCUAAUGAAUAGCAUUCAGAGUCCUGUGAUGAUGACCCACAGUUAUCCCAACAUGAUUAAAACGAUGCAGGAGAAACUAGACGAUGGUGGAGAGAGGUUUUGCCAGAUCGAAUACCAAGUUACCAGAAAGAGAUCAGGAAAGUGUAUGCAAAUAAGCAAUGGAAUAACCGGAUGUAUUUCUGGAGAAUACAUAGAUCCUUUCCAUCCUGAUUGCUUUUAAGCUUAAGUCAAUAUUAUAAAUCUAAGAAUAAUUCAUCACGAAAGUUGUCAUUCUCUAUUGUAACAUGUUUGUCAAUAAAGUAUAUGCUGUCACAAC